AAACUCAUGAUGCUCCGGCUGCUGAGUUUUCUCCUAUUUGUGGCCCUUGCCUCGGGCUUUGGCCAGCCUUCUUACAGCCUCUCCUCCCGCGUUGUCAAUGGUGAGGAUGCGGACCCCCACAGCUGGCGCUGGCAGGUAUCCCUGCAGUAUGAAAAGAAUGGGACCUUCUCCCACACUUGUGGAGGCAGCCUGAUCGCCCCUGACUGGGUCAUAACUGCGGGCCACUGCAUCUCGAGCUUGCGGACCUACCGGGUGGUGUUGGGCGAGUACGACCACUCUGAGAAAGAGGGCUCCGAACAGGUGAUUCCCAUCAAUGCUGGGGACCUCUUCGUGCACCCACUCUGGAACUCCAAUUGCGUGUCCUGUGGCAAUGACAUCGCCCUCAUCAAGCUCUCGCACAGCGCCCAGCUGGGACACAAGGUCCAGGUGGCCAGCCUCCCUCCUGCCGGCGACAUCCUGCCCAAUGAGACACCCUGCUACAUCAGCGGCUGGGGCCGUCUCUACACCAAUGGGCCACUCCCGGACAAGCUGCAGCAGGCCCUGCUGCCCGUGGUAGACUACGAGCACUGCUCCAAGUGGGACUGGUGGGGCAGCACCGUGAAGAAGACCAUGGUGUGCGCCGGUGGGGACAUCCGCUCUGGGUGCAAUGGUGACUCUGGAGGACCCCUCAACUGCCCGGCAGCAGAUGGCUCCUUUCAGGUCCACGGCGUGACCAGCUUCGUUUCUGCCUUUGGCUGCAACACCCCCAAGAAGCCCACAGUGUUCACGCGAGUCUCGGCCUUCAUUGACUGGAUUGAGGAGACCAUUGCAAGCCACUAGAACCAAGGCCAGGGUGGCAAUGCCCAUUCACUCUCUUUGUAAAAAAUAAAGAUCUCUCAAAAAAUUCCAUAUUGAGUCUUUCUUCCUUCUUUGAUUCACCUCUUCCCCUCUGGCCUGUUCCUAAAAUCUUAGACAUGAUAUGUAGAGAUGAGAACAGAAUCA